CUAAUUACCUAUUUUUGUGAGGGUAUACAACCAAAAAAAACCCAUCACUACCUUGAAUUAUCUCUCUUUUGUAGAUGCUCGCACUGAGAAGCUCUCCGCUUGGAAUCCCCCGCGUCUCGUCUUCAACCCUAAGAUCGAAGAUGAGUUCUUCUUGUGCUAUUGAUUCUAAGCCGAGAAUUGUUAAGCUUAAACCCAUCGACGCCACGCCGGAGAGCUUCGCAGAGUUUGGUCAGGUGGUGUUGUCCUCCUAUGAUGGCAAAGGGUUUGGCCCUGAUGAUGCUCAGUUGGAGCUCCACCGUGGUACCCCAAGGUUUUAUAUCAUGAAUUUGAAAGAUCGAGCUCUUAAAUUUUCUAAGAUUACUCAUCAUGCUGGUGUGACCCAAUGCUUGGGCUCUAUUGGUGGUGAAGAAUGGUAUCUUGGGGUCUCUAAGCCCACUAUUAUUGAUGAGGGUGAAAUAAAGACUGAUAAUGGUGGGAGAGUAGUUCUCUCAUCCUGUGGGCAUUAUUACACACCUCCUCAUCCAGAUGAUGUGUAUGUUUUUCGAAUAGUUGGUCCAAAAUUUCUCAAGCUAAAUGUAGGGACAUGGCAUGCUGGUCCUUUGUUCAAGCUGAAGACGAUGGAUUUUUACAAUCUGGAGUUGAGCAACACCAAUGUGGUGGAUCACACAACACACAACUUCAAUAAAGAUGGAGUGGCAUUUGUAGUGGAGGAAUAAGCUAAUAUUAUUCAUGUUUUUCCUUGGAGAGUAAAGUAAAUAAGAACAAGAAACAUUGUUCACAUAUCUUUUCCUCUGUUUUCUCUCAAACCAAACAUUUCCUCUGAGUACAUAUUGUUUACUUUUUAACCAGAAUUACUAUGCUCAGAAAAUCAUGUUGUAAUUUAUAAUGAUGUGUGAAAGCCACUUUGUUUUAUCAA